CGUCACACAGGAGGAAGCACAAAACAAGAUGGCGUCUGGGGAGAAUACGUUGUUUUGGUUAUUAUGGUUUCUUGGUCUUAAUUACAACGUACAUGUGCACAUGUGUGUCGUUUAACCGAGUAAACGUCCUUAUUAAUUGUUUGUAUGCGGAUACAUUAGUCUGAGUGCACUUUGACGUGCUAGCCGAGCCUGCUGGUUAGCUUAGCUUGUUAGCUGCUAACAAAGAGAGGCGGAAGUGAUCGACACAUCAAAGCAGAGAUCCAAUACGUCUGUGAAGAACAUCUUCACCCUGAACAACAGAAGUGGAGCUUCAGGAUGCAGACGGAGGAGCCACAGCCCUUCCACAUUAAGAAGGAAGAGGAAUACUCACUGAUUCCCCAUUUCAAAGAGGAAGAGGAGGACCCACUGAAACCCCAAUUUAAAGAGGAAGCGGUGGAUCCACUGAGCCCUCACAUUAAGGAGGAAGAGAUGGAUCAACCUACACCCCAUUUUAAAGAGGAAGAGGAGGACCCACUGACAGCCGAUUUUGAACACUGACACCCCUUUUCCAAGAGGAAUUGGUGGAUCCACUGACCCCUCACAACAAGGAGGAAGAGGUGGAUCCGCUGACCCCUCACAUUAAGGACAAAGAGGAGGACCCACUGACCCCUCACAUUAAAGAGGAAGAGGAAGAACACAGCAUCAGUCAGCAGGGAGAGCAUCUUGAAGGACUGGAGGAGGUUGAUGUCACCAAGAUGCCAGUGACUGGUGUCCCUGUGAAGAGUGAAGAUGAUGAGGUCAAAGGUGAAAGUGAGGAGAGGGGAGGGGGGGAGCCUCCAAGCAGCAGCUCAACACAACACAUGACAACAGAAGCUGAUGGAGACCACUGUGGAGGAUCACAAGCAGACAAGCUCUUAGCUCCACUAUCAGAUAGUAAGGACACAACGUCACACUCUCCUGACACUGAUGAUGAAGACUCUAAAGAUGAUAAGACAUGUCACACUGACAACACUCACUUCACAUGUUCUCACUGUGACAAAACUUUUAAAUAUCCUAGUGAUUUGAAAAGACACAUGAGAUCACACACUGGAGAAAAACCCUUUUCAUGCACAGAAUGUGGUAGAGAUUUUAGACUAAAAGAAAUGAUGAAAGAACACAUGAGCAUACGCACUGGAGAAAAACCUUUUUCAUGUUCAAUCUGCGGUAAAGAUUUUACUCAAAGGCCACAUUUGAAAACCCACAUAAUACACACUGGAGAAAAGCCUUUUUCCUGCUCAGAAUGUGGUAAAAGUUUUGGAAUAAAUCGAAGUUUAAAAAUACACAUGAGAACACACACUGGAGAAAAACCUUUUUCAUGUUCAAUCUGUGGUAAACAUUUUACUGAAAGGCAAAGUUUGAAAACACACAUGACAAUACACACUGGAGAAAAAACUUUUUCAUGUUUAAUCUGUGGUAAAAAUGUUACUCAUAGGCGAAAUUUGAAAUCACACAUGACAAUACACACUGGAGGAAAACCUUUUUCAUGGUCAAUCUGUGGUAAAAAUUUUACUCAAAGGCAAUAUUUGAAAACACACAUGAGAAUACACACUGGAGAAAAAACUUUUUCCUGCUCAGAAUGUGGUAAAAGUUUUGUAUUUAAUAAAAAUGUUAAAGUACACAUGAGAACACACACGGGAGAAAAGCCUUUUUCAUGUUCAAUUUGCGGUAAAGAUUUUACUGAAAAGCCCCAUUUCAAAGCACACAUGAGAAUACACACUGGAGAAAAACAUUUUUACUGCUCAGAAUGUGGUAAAAGCUUUGUAAUAAAUCGAAGUUUAAAAGUACAUAUGAGAACACACACUGGAGAAAAACCGUUUACAUGUUCAGUAUGUGGAACAAGUUAUAUAGAAAGACAACAAUUAAAAAUACACAUGAUAAAGCACUCUGGUGAAAAACCAUACUCCUGUUCAAGCUGCAACAAAAGCUUUUGUCACAAAAAAAUAUUUUACAGUACACAUGAGAACACACACAGGUGAGAAAGUGUUGAGUUGCAGUGUGUGUGGUGAAAUAUUCUCUUAUAAGUACCAGUGUAAGAAACACAAGUGUGCUGGUGAGAACAGCAGCAGCAAAUAAAGAUGCAGGAUUUGAAAUAAACCGUCAACACUUUUAAAUUUGACUUUUUAACAACAUCAGCACAUAAAACAUGUGUGACAUCAUUGUUGUGUGUGUAACACAAUCUUGUUAAUAUGAUUCUAACAUUUAUAGAUUAGAUACUUCAGGGUAGUGCUUUUAUUUCAGUCAAGUACAUGAGUUAAUAUACACAUUUGUGUACUUUAAAAUGAACAGAACAAUUUGACUGAAAGGGUGAGAAUAAACAGUACAUAAAAUAUGUUAUGUACAAUAAACAUUUUAUGUGUAUAUAUUCAUAAUUCACUCUUAUACCUAUUCAUAAUAGUGUUUUAUAUGGUUUUGGAAAUUAUUGACGUGUUACAGUUUGUUUUCUAAUUGUGGAUUAUUCCAUAGAUGAACUCCUUUAUAUGAUGUACAUUUUUGUUUUACAUGAGUUCAUACCUUUGCUUUUGAGUACACAUAAAUCCCUCUUAGUUCAUACUUACUGGUUCACAUCUGACACAUCUUCUGGACCACUUCUGGAAGCAUAUUAUUAUUUAAUUAUACAUCAUUUGAACAGUUGUCUUGUAUACAAUUUUAAAAUGUGUCACUUUUUGAAUCAUUUGUUGGGUCUCUAUAAUCCAUUCUAUGAAUUAUUUUUAUUACUCUUCUCUCUUGUGUAACAUGAAUAUUGUUGUGUGAUUGUUUUAUAUGUAUGUCCCCAGACCUUUAUGCAAUAAACAAUGUAUGCUUCAACUAAAGUUGGUUACAAUAAAUAUAGUUAUUAUU